AAUACCUUAAUGGAGUGAAGUUUCCGGCUGCUAAGGAUUUACAUAAGUGUGGAACUUUGCGUGGUAUCAAUUAUAUUUUAUGUCUAUUCUCAUCUGUUUUUCCUCCCAAAUCGCCGAGAGUCGCUGAUUUUUCAUCAGGGAUCCACGGAAGUGAAAUACAAGAGCUAAAGAUUACUUGUGUGACUUGCUGUUUAAAUUUGACAGAUCUAUUGACUUGCCACAUAGAAUCAUCUUCCGAUAAAAGCGGCCAUCUUAAAAUUACAAAAUCGCCUCAUUUCGCAAAGCAAGGGUGUCAUUUUUGCGAGUGAUCAAUUUAAAUGGCGAAUCACUACCGAGCAGAUUACACUCGCGCUGAAACAAGUGACGGAACGACGAAUAUUCCUCUCCUCAGCGAAGAUUCGAUGGACGACGACCAGCACCUCAUCGGAAAGGGAGACACUGCUCUCGUUUUCACGGAUGGCGGAGAAGGCGAACACAAAGUGAGAUUUUCUGCAACAUCUAAAUCAUCAUCGGCAGUUGGCUCAAACAUUCUCUGGAGGAAAAAGACCACUGUUCUGGUGGCCAUUAUCGUAGUCCUUACAAUUAUUUGUGUCAUCCUUCUUGCCUUGCUGACGCGAAGGGGUGGAAAGUGUAUGUCUAAACCAGGAGUUCAAAAUGGCAAAGAACCUUCAGCUCAACCUCGUCCCCAGUUGCCUUCAGCUAAACCUUGCUCAAAAAAACCUUCAGCUCAACCUUGUCCUCAGUUGCCUUCAGCUAAACCUUGCUCAAAAACAAAACAAACUACAUGCGUAACUGAGGGCUGCAUAAACGCCGCCUACCAUAUUUUUCACUCUAUGAACCGAUCGGUUCAUCCUUGUGAAAAUUUUUACGAAUAUGCCUGUGGCGGAUGGGUUGAAAACAACCCUAUUCCUGAAAGCAAGUCUUUCUGGGGUGUUUAUUCUGUCUUAGAGGAAGAAAACGAAAGGAUUGUAAAGCAACUCUUGACGGGGUCGUCUUUGACUUCUGAAGCUACACAGAAAGCUAAGACUUUCUAUGACGCCUGUAUGGAUGAGUCAACUAUCAACAAAGUCGGCUCGCAACCGCUGCUCGACAUUAUUAAUCGUCUCGGUGGAUGGAAUGUAACCCAGGUUUGGAAUAAAACCCAGUUUGAAUUCGCAAAAUUGCUUCAGAAAGUUCACAGGAUAUAUUCAGUGUCUGCUUUCUUUUCAACGGAGGUGGAUGCCGAUGAUAAGAAUUCCUCAAAAAAUGCGAUAAAGGUAGGUUUCGCGUCUUUAUAUGGAGAUUACAAAAGUCGCGUCCAAGCCGCGGUUGAGAGUAGCUAAUGUCACACAUUUCUAUUUAUAGGUCGAUCAAGGUGGACUUUCGCUGUCGAGAAUUUAUUAUCUGAAGAACAUGUCUGAUCCGGUAAGUUUCGCUUGCUGUGACUUUUAGAAAAGUCAUACAGUAAAAACUCGCAAACAAGAACAUAAAUUUGCAGCCUGAAACAAUUCUUCCCUUUGCUGUUUAAUAGAACAGUGUCUGUAGCUCUACUGUGGUAUUGCACUAAGAUCUCUGUAUAAAUGCUUUUUCUCUGAUUCUUGCUGUGUUAUGACAUGUCUUGAUGCCGUCACUUUUUAUGCUUUUCCCAGAAACUUGUAGCAUAUUUGAAGUAUAUGACUACUGUUGGCCUUUUGCUGGGAGGAAGGGACAGGAACGAAACGGAAAGACAGAUGAGAGAUGUACUGGAGUUCGAAAUGAAGCUGGCAAAGGUUUGCAUCUAAACGCACUGAGCUUCUCAACUAAACUCCAACUGAUCGCGCCAUGUAAAGGAAUCCAAGAGAGUCUUGGAAUCUGCAUUCCACGCCAUGGAUUCCGGAUUCUAGAUACUGGAUUCUGGAUCCUUUGUCAGUGGAACUUGGGGCGCGAUCCUGAUUCAACCAAAAUCCAGACCGGUCCAACCGGGAAAAGUGGUCCACCUCAAAAGGUGGACCCAGUUUUUCGAAACUUUUCCAGUUGGACCGAACCGAUCCAUUGAGUUUUGGACCGAAAUUUCCGGAAAUUUUGGUUGAAUGGAUCGCGCCCUUGGAUUCCGGAUUACAGUCGCUAUGAGGGUUCCGGAUUCCUUGAGCUGUAUUCCGGAUUCCAAGACCCAGGAUUCCAGAUUCCGGAACCCUCAAGACAUAACGGGGGGACAUGCGUAACUUUUCCCUUCUGCCCAGUUGCACUUUGAAAGGUGGCUGGUUGCAAACCAACCUUUCAGACGGGAUCGUUCACUGAUCUUUGCGUAAGAGCAAAAUUCCGGUGGCGAAGACCUAGCUCUUAACAAAUUUCACGUCAGUGCUUGCCACUGAUCGUUUCGGCUUAUUCUGGUGGCCAAACCUCCGCCAUCUCGAGAGGACCUAAAAUCCCUAGCAAGCCAGGCUAUGAAACGCGAGACAAAAGCAGGGAGCGGGGCAGGCAGGUGGGGUGGGAAGAAAAAACGCACUGUGCACCGUGUCGUUAGUCACGCGUGGCGCUUGAGCGUGUUCCCCGCCUCGCCUGCUUUACUGCGGUUAAGCAACACAAACGAAUGGCUUACAACUAAAAGAAAGCAACACCUAAGACAACCUCGUCCCCACCUGGCCCACCUCCAAAGCCAGCGAAAAGCGCCCUGGGGACGAGCUUGCACCUAAGAGCGUAACAACAGGCUUGUCAGCCAGAGUUUGGUAUACAGCAAGCUUGGGUAUACGGUAUUAAUCUGAAUGGAUAAACAGUUCAUUUUCUGCCCCAUUUUACCAAUAUUUUCGGGUGCAUGGGUUACUCCGCUUCUUUCAUCAAGGGCUCUUUGGGAAAAAAUUUGGGGUAUAUCGGCUUUUUUUCGGGUUAUUAUAUUCCCCUUGCCCAUCCUAUAGUGUUGACAUCAUAUCUGUUUGUUUUCAGAUAUUUGUGCCUAAUGUGAAUAGAAGUCAAAUUGACGAGAUGUACAACAAAACGAACAUCGCAAAGCUUCAAAAGCUUUGUCCAAAAGUAAGAACGUUAAUGAGUUCCUUGAUAUCAAUUUCAUAGGCUGCCACCAAGCCGGUCACUGAGGGAAUUCAUCUCCAGGAAAAGUCGCCUGCAUUUGACAUAUGGAGCGGGUCCAAAUAGACGCGAUUAAGUUUGAAAGAAUGCAAAUUCAUUUUUUACCGACGUUUUCACUGCCGUCGUCGCCUUCCUUGCUGAAGGUCCCUAAUGAGGCGAUAGCGUAGCCCGCGAAAACAGUCGUCUCUCCUCGCACCUGGCUGCUAGGGACGUUUCGCCAGGUCCCUCCUGGUGAAACUUCCCUAGCAACGAGGAGCAAGGAACGACGGCUGUAUUCGCAGGCUAGUGAUAGCGAGUGAAGACGCCUUUGCUCCGUGCCGGUCUUUGUCGAUGGUAAAUUUUUGACCUGUGACUAUACUAUCUAAGGUCCUAAGGCUACUUGCUUUGCAUUUCCGGCAGCAUACUCUCUCCUCCGCAGAGGCCUCUUUGUGGUGUAGAGAGGCUGGGGAGAGAGAAAAAAAGAAAGCGCUGGGCACGAUGGGAAGGGGAAAGAGAGAAAAGGCUUUUCCCUCUUCCCAUCUUUCCCCGCGCGCUAUCUAUUUUUCGAUUAUUGUUAUUUUUAUAGGGAUACCCAGGGGGAGCCUCUGCGGAGGAGAGAGGGCAGCGUAAUCAAACCUGUGGUUCGUUUAUUUCUCUUUUCAGAUCCCCUGGCUUCCGUUUUUCCAAAAUCACUUUAAGAAUAUAGCUGAUAUAAAGGAAACUGAGGAGGUUGUGGUGUAUGCCACGCGUUAUCUUGAAGUCCUGUCACCUGUCAUAGAAAAUGCAUCGGAAGUGUAAGUAAUCUUUGUUUGUUCUUGUGGAGGAAGCGGGGUAGGAUUUGGGUACUCGCAUUGCAUGCAAAGGCCGCAUUUUAUAACCAGGGGUUAAUCCCGGGGCGGGGGUAACUCAAGAACAGUCGGGCACAAUAAAUGGUACCGUGAGAUCUCAACCUCUUGUCCGAACUGGAAAAAAAGCAUCAGCUGGAAACAUUGCUUCAAAUCUCAAAAUUGCAACUAGAAGGGGAGAAGGCGCGCCUCUUGGUCCGUUGUUUUAACAACGGGAGUCAUCAAAAUCAAAUCAUUUCUUUCUGGCUGAGUUCAAUGCCGGUGAUACAAACAUUAGUAGAGAUUAAAAGUGACGCUUACGGCAAACGGCAAACGUCAGAUUCAAGUUUAGAAUUUGUUUAAAAAGAAAACGUCUAGAUAAAAACAAACCAAAACGUGAAGCUACUAAUUCUGGGGCAGAGGUAACGAUCACUAGAGUAAACUUGGUCACGUGGUACAAAUUCAUGUUUGUCGUUUGCCAUUAGCGUGACCCUAAAUAGAGAGUUUUAGAUCCGAGUUUACCGCGAACCUCUAACCGCGGUCUGCGGUUACCCGUUUGCGGUUCGACGUUCAAACAUAAUUCGAUUUAGGUUGGCGGUGGAUUAAAUUACGGCCGCCACUUUGAAUCAGCAGCCAUGAAUGGCACUUGUUUUCAAGAUCCAAUAGGAUUUAUAAAAUUCAGCAUUUCGCCCGAAUUUGUGCCUCUGUUAAUGGAUAAAGACUUGCUCCACAAGAUUUUUGUAUCAUUACGUGGGAUGAAACAAGAAUUAUACGCUAAAAGCUUUCAGGUAAAUGGCAUACGUGAAAACCUACCUCCCCACGUUGAAAACGCACAUAGUAAACCUCAAACGUGACGCGAAAGACUUGUCACGUGACCUCCAGCGGUUAGAGGUUUGCGGUAAGCUCGGAUCUAAAACUCCCUAAUAUCUCUAUUGUCUACUUGGAAAAUCGCCCAACUAAAAUGUUCUGCCAGCGAGCCUUGUAGUUUAGAGCAUCCUGGCCUAAGUUACCAUGGCUUACAACCAAUCUCUCACCCUGUCUUUUAUCCAGACUGCUAAACAACUACAUGGUGUGGCGUGUAGUAUCCAAAAUGGCGCCUUUGUUAUCCAAAAAAUUCCGGGACGCUCAUCAGGAGAUGAUUGAAGUGUUAACAGGCUCCAAGAAAUCAGAGGACUUAUGGAAGCGAUGUAUGGGCGAGACUGACGGCGCUAUAGGAAUGGCCCUGGGAUCUCUCUUUAUUGAAAAAUCAUUUGAAGGAACCAGCAAACAACAGGUAAACUUCUGAUAGGGGUUAACUCAACCUGGAUCCCAGGGUCUUCUCAUACCUGUCUUCCGAGGACGAGUACUGAGGAGAGGGCCCUGGGAACGAGAUUGGGGUUAACUCAGUUGUUAGCAAGCACUCACAGCUCUCCUCGAUUACUCUUUAAGGAUAUGGAAAGCAAGCGCGCUAUCGACAGGAGCGCUCCUCCAUGCACGGCGCUUUGUGCUUUUCUGUUGGCUCAAUGCUUGUUGCGUUAAGCGCGUGAUUGCUACAGCACUAUCCCAGUUUGACAAUAAAAGCAAACAACAAGAGAAUCGCAGUCUGAACAAAGACAGGUUGUUAACUGAGGACAGUAGUACUGCCUUUGCUAUGCAAUCGGCUUGACCUGUACGUGACCCGAAGAAAUGUUGGCCCCAUCCCUAACCGGGAAUGAAUUACUGAACAUAACAGUUUCUCAAUUGUUUCUGUGGUAAAAAAAAAAAAUGGACCAGAGAAUAAAAAAAAUGUAACCAGCUUCAUUGCUUUGCUGCGUGAUCGGUGAUGGAGGAAACAUAAAUAGUCCCAGAUGCGUUUUUUUUUUUCGUUUCUACCACCGUAAGCUGUUCUCGACCCCAAUUUUUACGUGUGGUUUUCACGGACGAUCAUCGAGUUGAAAUUGUCCACUGGCAAUCUGUAGUUUUCCAGUUUUCGCUCUUGUUAAGAAAUCAAGAAAUUGGCAAGGGAAUCAUGGUGACGCUUUGUCUUUUUCGCUCGCAGAGCAAUUAUGGAAGCACAGAAUGAGAGCCUUUCUUCAAAUUUUAUGAUUGCAGGCCACCGAGAUGAUUGACGCUAUUCGUGCAUCUUUCAAGAAAGGCUUGCCAAAUCUCGACUGGAUGGAUGACAAAACACGCCGAGCUGCAGAAGAUAAGGUAAUGUUGAUUGACCUUAAGUUAGCCAACGUCACUCUGGGAAUGCCAAUAUCCCUCUUAAUUCAUGUUACGUCAAUAUCAGUAUAGAUACGCCAACAUCACUCUUUGUAUGCCAGUAUCACUAUGGACAGACCAAUAUCACUCCCUGUUGGCCACUAUUACCCUGGUUACACCCCUUGGGUUGAAGAUAUUCCUCAGCAAUUUUUGUGCCCACCACCUUCCUUCUCUUCUGACCAGUGUGAGAAAACAUUGCUAUUUUCCUGCCAAAAUAAUGUUUUAAAAGUUGGCAAAAGAGGUAUGCGUUUGGACAAAACGUUUUAAAAGAGCGUUCAUCAAUACGCUAAACCACAAGCCGAUUGAAUAGCAUUGAUCGGUUGAUCAAAUGAUUGAUUGAUUGAUUGUAGGCAGAUGCUGUUGUGGACAUGAUUGGUUUUCCAGACUACAUCAAAGACCCACAAAAACUGAAAGAAAAAUAUGACGGGGUAAGUGUUUCUACAAUUUGAUAAUUUAAAACCUGGAAUUCAUCUAUAGACGACACUUACAUCCAUUAUGUCCUCUCCUUCUUUACAGCUUAAAUUUGACGUAAAGACGUAUUUUCAGAAUAAAAGGAAUGCUGACGACUUUUACCUACAGAAAAACCUUAAGACUCUACGAAAACCAGUGGACAAACACAAGUAUGUUUUCAGAGUUCUUUUAAGACCUACUUCGCACGUUCUAGAGGUAGCUAGGCGAUUAUUAAAAAUAUUCUUGAUUUCAUCUUAAUUUUCUUUCUAUUUUCAGAUGGUACAUGACACCUUCAACAGUCAAUGCAUAUUAUAGUCCGUCACGAAAUCAGAUCGGUGAGUCUUCUUUUUAUUUAGAGUCAAAGUCAAUCGUAGAUUGUGAAAUCGAUUUUGAAAGCGGUAGUACUUAGUACUCUGUGUACCAAAUCCUCUAGUGUGCCCAUUCAUAUCAUAUAAAUCUUUCUCAACUGUUGAAUCACUUUGCAUGCGACCAAGUCAGUGGUUUUAAGUAUUCUGCAAAACGAUCGCGAAAUUUGGAUUUUCCCGUUGAUUGUGAUAGUGAUGAUGAUGAUGAUGAUGAUGAUGAUGAUGGUGAUGAUGAUGGUGAUGAUACAUAGGUGGUGCAACUUUUUGAGAAGUCGCCAACUAAGUUAUAUUGUCCUUUUUCCCAGUAUUUCCAGCAGGCAUUUUACAAGCUCCUUAUUAUGACAAGAAAUUUCCAAAGUAAGUUCACACCUGUCACAGAAGGGUUACUGGAGGUUAAUUUUUUUUUGCUUACAGACUUGCUCCUGAAAAAGUCUUAGUUUCUUGAUUCCUACCCCAAUUAUAAUUGUGACGGAUAUCGAGUCGAGAGAGCCAUGCAAAGCAUUUCGCAGUUUUCAUGGACUCCAAACCUACAAUAAUGUAGGUAACGGCACCUUCUGAACACGUGCACGUUUCGUGUAUUAGUUAUAUUUUUUUAGCUUCGCCAAUGGACCUUGCUCACAAAUCGACCAAAGAGAGCCGAUCAAACCGCGUGGGAUUGGAUUUAAAGCUGGAUGUUCUACAUGAGUGAAAAAACUUCACUUCACUUGUAAUUCUUUUUCUUUGUCUUCUUUUUCCAUUUUAUCGCCUUCAGGGUUAUUAACUUUGGUGGAAUUGGAACAGUUGUUGGUCAUGAGCUGUCUCACGGCUUUGACAAUUCAGGUAAACGUUUGUUGCAAUUUCGUUUCAAUUUUCUCCAAAUUCCAUUCGAAAACUGCUCCUCGAUCGAUGACGUGCUAGCUGCUCGACUGGCUGACUAAUGUUUCAGAUUAGAGUAGCUAGAUAACCGGCAUUCUGAACUAGCUUUUAAACAAAGUAAAAAAAACGAAAAUAUCUAAAUUGAACCAACCAAGCGGUUGGCAGCGUUUAUGAUUAACGAUUGAUAUUUUGCGUUUUCUAAGGCUAAUGGGUAAUUUCCCUUCGUUGUGGUUAACAUACAUCUUAAGAGGAAGAAUCACUUGUUUUAUAAAUUUUCAAAAUUUCCCACCGGUUUCAGGCCUCUAAGAAUCCUCCGGGUAUAUGGAAAGAACGGCUGAAAUGGGGUCCAUCAGCCACAAAAAUAGUAACAAGCAAUACCGGCUAGAAACGUUUUUUUCACGGUGUAUUUUUUUAAGACUAAGGGCUACAAAUUUCCAAUUUCGUUACGACUAAAAUGGUUAACCCCUUUGAGACCCGCCGGCGAACAGUCUCCAUGUUAGUUUUCCUCAGGGAAAAAAGAACAUCGCUUCUUUAUUGUUCACUUGCUCUAGAGUUUGAGACUCCUAAUUUACAAUUGUUAAAUCUUUGGUUAGGUCGCAUGUACGACAAACGAGGGAAUUAUGGAGUUCCGUGGUGGACUAAUCGCUCAGUGGAGCAGUAUAAGGCUCGAAGUGAAUGCAUGGUUAACCAGUAUUCAGACUUUUCUUACUUUGGUAAACAUGUAAGUACAAAUACCAAUCAUCUAUUAAUCAAAACUUGAGAUAAACCAAAACCGUAUAAUCAGUAUGCUUCAAAACGAUAUCGGGAAAAACUGGUGCUCCCGUUGGACUCGAUUUGCGGAAAUCGAUUGGUCACCCUUCCGUGCCGUAAAAUGAGGCUUGAUCGUUGUUCUCUUCUGUUGUUUCUUGACUGAGUAGAAAACUUAAAGAGAUUUAAUUUCAACCAGUUGGAGAGAAUUUGGAAAUUAAAAAUAAAUACUUUUCACUCAUCAAAAAAGGAAAAAAAGAAAGGAUAUGCAUCCGAACUGUACAUCGCAAAAUUUAAGGUAAAAAGUCAUUAGCGAGUAUUUCCUUAUGGUUUUAUUUCAAAUAGUAUCAGCAGGACUGCUGCCGCUUUUUACUGAGGAUGCGAUAUAUAGAAAAUGGAAUUACAAAAGGACGAAAGGAACCGCCGAUGAUUUUGUGUCGUGCAGUUACAUGCCAUCUCAUCCUCACACUUGUUACAAUGUUUUUAUAGGUAAGCGGAAAAAUCACGCUAGGUGAAAACAUAGCCGAUAACGGAGGCCUGAAAGCUUCUUACAAUGUAAGUAACAGCAACGCUUUUUUUUAACUUGCGAGCAGAGGAAUAGAAUAGAAUAGAAUAGAAUAGAAACUUUAUUAAAGUGUCAAAAACCGUCUAGCCAGGGAGCAAAUCCCUUACUAAUUUGGGGACACCAAUUAGGGGAGAAUAUACAAACUAAAAACUAUAUACAGUAGUAGGUAAAAUAUCUAUAGUUAACUAAUUAAGAGAUUUAUAGUAAAAAUACACAGAAGUCAAAAUGAACAAAGGCUACAGCCUGCGCAGCCAUCAUCUAAAAGUUCACUUAUAUUGAGUUGGCGUAUCUUGCUUUUAAACGACGUUAGGGUUGUGACGUCCCUGAUACUCUUGGGUAGUUUUGUCCAUAGCCUAGGCCCUAAAUAUCUAAUAGAGUGCUUGCCAUAGGUGACUGUCUCAUACCUAGGUAUAGAGAAAUCUGCUUGCCGCAGAUUGUAAUUACUAUUUGGUUCUUUAAAGAUGUUACUUAUAUAUGCAGGGCACAGUUUAUGCUUUACUUUAUACAUAAGGAUGCACAGAUCCUGUAAGCGACUAUUUAGUAGUGUUGGCAGAUCCGCCUUCUCUAAUAGUUGUUCAUAACUAGAAUUAUUAUCCUUGAAAACCGCUCUAAGUCCUCUUUCUUGUAGUCUUUCAAGCUUUCGAGUGUCACUCGCUUUACAAAAAUGCCACACUAGGUGACAGUACGUGAGGAAUGGUAAUAUCGCGCUUUUGAAUAAUAUUAACUUACAUUUCAUAGGAAUUAAAUUACGUAGUCUCAUUAGAACACCAAUUCUCUGGCUGGCUUUUUUACAGAUAGAGGUUUCUUUCUUGGAUGGCUUUUAGCGCUUACGAAGUCUGUCGCGUGGUUGUUUUGUCAGUUACGCGACAGACAAGCCACGCGAACGACUUCGUAAGCGCUGAAAGCCAUGCAAGCGAGAAACCUCUGUUCGUAGGGUACGCUUUUUUAAAUAGAAAUAACUCUGGGCUGAACCAGAAAGAAGUAGGUUGUCAUAUCACUAUCCGAAAUCUAGCUUGUGUGGUAAGCAACGCGCGCAAGACGGUACUGACACGCACGAGGAGAGAAGUCUUGAUCCUACGACGUAUGCUAUUUCCAUCUUUGAAAACUGUACAGCAUUUGUUCAAGCAAGCGGGUAAGCGGAAGCCCUUCGAAGGCAAAAGAUAAUGAAAAAAUUGAAACCUAAAUCUAAAAUCAAUUUGCUCUUCUUAAUCAACAAAAGCGAAUGUCUGAGAUUCGAUUCGCUCACCUCUGGCGACUCUCUCUCUCUUUCAGCGUAAAAGCCCUGAACAGGACUGGAGAUAAGCUUAGCAAAAGUUAGAAAACUCAACCACCAACAAGCGCCCUGCGUGUUUGCCUGUAAGUUUGCCUGCGUUCGCUAUUAAGUGCGCAUGCUCUCUUUCACGCGCAAUCAUCGCAAAUUCACGAGAAAAUCGCUCCAAUCCCUCCAGGUUGUUUCUACUUUACUUUAAUGUCUAUGAUAACAGAUUUAACAUCCCACUAUUAUGAGAUGUUUUACAACACUAAUCAGUUUUUACACAUUUUUUUAGGCUUACAAAGAAUGGGAAAAGAAGAAUGGCCCCGAACAACCGCUCCCUCUAUUAAACAUGACCCAAGAUCAGACAUUCUUUAUGGCAUUUGCACAGGUAAAUUUCAAUUUUUUUCUAGAACAGUAAUCCAUUGCAAUUCACUGGAGCGUCUUAAAUCUAUUAAAUUCAAAGCUAAAGAACAACUGCGACGGACUAGCAGACUCCACCGUGGUCGAAGAACAGCUGUGGAAUUUUUCGUUUUAUCCAGAAAGAUUCGAUCUACCAUCAAGUAGAAACAUGUGCAAGGCAAUGCUUAAAAUAGUUAGUUAAUGUCUGCCUCUCCUUUUUUUACUAUUUCUCGAAACGAUUAUCUUCUUUUUGUUGAAGCCGAACGUAACCCGCCUGAGGUAGUAACUCAGCAAAUAACGUCAACAAUUAUGCAGUUUUCAAACCCUUAGAACGAUUUUAAACUUCCUACACGCAUAGCAUAGCACGUUCGCAGUCAAUAAACCACAUACCGACAUCGCAUGUAGUCUGCAAAUGGCUUGGUCUGUGGAAAGGCCCAAAGAUUUGAAGCACUUAAAUUUCAAAAGCAAAGAAAACUGAGUCUUUUUAUCGGCCCUUUUGUCAGUUAACGAGAAAAGGCCAUUGCGUUGUUUUCGAGAGAUGAAUAAAAAUUCGAUACUUUUUUCUCAUUUAUGACUGUAGAACUGGUGCGCCAGCAUUAGAAAACAGGCGGCUAUAGUCAGACUCGAUGAGGAUCCUCAUUCACCAAAUAAAUUCAGGUAAUUAUAAUAUAGCAGUAUCUAAUCUAGCCAGUUCUAGGCUCGGAGAUAAAGGACUGACUUCGCGAAACAAAAGCACGCGAAAACAAGUCGACGCGCGUGAUCUGGGAAAAAAAGGGUUGGAGGCUAUCUCCAGGCCAGAGAAAGAACAACGAAUGUCAUGCGAGGUCUUCUCACUAGCGCUUAUCAAUCUUUGAAAAUACAAAUAAAAAAUAGUACAUUAAAUGGACAAAAGAAGUUACUACUCGUGAAACAAACACUUAUCCUCUGGGAAGUGAUUUAUCCCGUGGAUAGCGCUAUCCAACCUUUGAACAUUAACAGGAUUAGCACGUCGUUUUUUAUGACCUCAGGGGCGGAUCCAGGAUUUUUUUUAGGAGGGGGUGCACUCGUCUCUUGCUCUACUUCAACACCAAUAAACCACAUAGUUUAUUUUUUUUGCGGAAUACCAGUUGUAUUAGAAAACCGCAGGGGGGGGGGUGCACCCCCUGCACCCUCCCCCUAGAUCUGCCCCUGGACCUUCACUUAAGUCUUAGACCAUUCCUUAAACUGGAAUGUACAAAAGCGUGUGUUGUAAGCAUAAAUAAUGUUCUAUGUGUCCUUUCAUUUUUUUUUACAGAGUUCUGGGUACAGUUAUUAACUUUCCACCGUUUGCAGAUGCUUUCAACUGUCUCCCCGGAACUAAAAUGAACCCCAUCAAGAAAUGCCAUAUUUGGUAGGCUCGGUUCGUAAAAUGAAACCACGCUUCUUCCCCCUGGCGGCGGAAAAUAUCGAGCCUUCAUGUUCGGUAGAAUGACACAGUUUGUUUGCAAUCAUCAGACAAAUAAAAACUUUUUUUCUUUUAAAUCUUCCUUAGGCCUUGUUCGCAAUACGACGAAAAAUAGAGUUUGGCGUUUGCAAAAAAUUUGAAAAUUUGUAAUCACCAAUUUUUCGUUUUUGAAACCUUGUUCGUAUCUGAGACACGCGAAAUUUUUGUUACAACCAGAUGCGUUAAUUAAAGGAACUUUAAUGGGUAUUGCUCGCGAAAUGAGAGGAUCUAACGAGGGAUAGCCGUCAAGGAAUAAAGGAUUUUGUUGCCUGACAAAAAAUAGUGGGCUUCCAAAUCUUCUCGAAGGGAUCUUUGAAGUUUGGUGACACUUGAGAAAAUUUUGGUCGGUGAAAAAACCGUUUGUACUAGAAAUGGCUUCCUAUUGACAGGGAAUGUUUUUGCAAAACAAACACAGUAGUGCGAAAAGGGCCUUAUUUAUAAUGAACCAGUCGCAAUCUUUUUAACAGGACAUCCACAAUAUAUGUUCUGGUCCAAUGUGCUUUCAGUAGAAAAGUGGAGAGCCUGUACAUGUUUUCUGUCUAAUUUAAUAAUUUUGCUUUUUAAUUUAUUAUACUUUUUCCAACUCAAUGUUAAAGGUUUGGAUUUGAAUAUAAAUCAUUGGAAUUUAACCCUCGGACGUACACGCAUACCCCCACCGUGGUACAAAGGGGAGGGGGGGAUGGACCCCCUUGAGUUUUUGAUAUGUUGCAGUAUUUUGAAACGAUUUUGCUUUCAGUGGAAAGCCUUUGGUCUUCUGUACAAGGUGAGGUAUAUUUUAUGGGUGGUGGCGCUGCUGGACGUCUGUGACGUCACCAAACAUGGUCGCCAUCUUGGCCACCUUCUUGGAUUUUAUCAAGAAUAAAAAUAAUCAGCUAAACAGAAUCACCAACCACGAACCCC